AUGGCCAAAAUGGACACCAAAUUGCGAGAGCUCAUCGAUGAGGGUGCCUACCACGCUGAUCAAGUUUUUAAUGCCGACGAAACUGGGUUGUAUUGGAAAAAAAUGCCAUCUCGUACAUAUCUUGCUGCAGCCGAACGAACCGCGUCGGGUUUCAAGGCGGCCAAAGACCGUAUUACUUUGUUGUUUUGUUCCAACGCAUCCGGCGAGCUCAUGUUGAAACCUCUGCUCCUGCACCGGGCAAAACGGCCGCGGUCAAUGCAAAAAGAAGAUUUUGACAAACUGCCAGUAUAUUGGAUGAAUAACCCAAAAGCAUGGGUUACUCAGCAGAUAUUCAAAGAUUGGUUUGAAAUGCAUUUCAUCCCGGACGUUAAAAAAUAUCUGGAGGAGAAAGGACUCGAGUUUAAAGUACUUUUGCUUCUGGAUAACGCUCCUGGCCAUCUUAAACUUGAUCACCCAAACGUUCGCGUGGAGUUCCUUCCGCCUAAUACGACAUCGCUCAUACAGCCGCAGGACCAGGGAAUCAUUUCCAAUUUUAAAAAGCUGUAUAUCAAGCAGACAUUUAAACAUAUACUAGAUGAAACGGAGAAGGAUGAUUCCAUGACCGUGACAACGGCGUGGAAGAACUUCACCAUGCGUGAAUGUGUGCGGUUUAUCGGGACUGCUUUGAACUUAAUGAAACCAUCUACACUGAAUGCAUGCUGGAAACCACUGUGGCCAGAGUGCGUCCGAGGCAAAACUCCGAAGGAUUUCGACGAUCGGGAGUUGAUACUUCUGGCCCACGCUGUAGGUGGCAAAGGCUUCGACGAUUUUUCAUCGGAAGACGUCAAUGAGUUGCUCGAGGACUCCAUCAUGACCGACAAUGAUCUUCGCGAAUGCUUGGAAAACGACGGAGUUACAGACAACGAAACUGGUGAGCUGGAUCAGGAGCAGCUGGAGAAGGGCAUCGCCAUGUGUGAAGCAGCGGUGGAUCAUUUUAUCAGGAUCGAUCCAAACGCCGCGCGGGCGAUAUCGUUCAAGAACGAUAUUGAAUACUGCAUCGCAAGAUACCAGGAGGAGUUGAAAGUGUUGAGAAAUUCACAGCCUGCUGUUCAAGCGGACCCAGUGCAAUCUGAAGAUUCAGAUGAUGAUGAAGCCUGCUCUAAGAAAAAGCGUCGCUGCCGUGUAAUAUAUAGCGACAGUGAGUAG